AUGUCGAACGUUAAGGAAAUGCGCAUCUUCUCAGCUGAGUAGAUUAUUGUCCAGGAUGAUUUCCCUAAGAUUUUAAAGGAUUUCACUAAGGAGAUAAUCAGGAAAAACCCAGAUGAUAUAACCAAGUUCGGUAGAGAGUACUUCGAGUAGGUUCUUAAGGAACGAGGAUACUUUGAUGAUCAUCUUGAAAAGCUACAAGUUGAUGCCAAGGAAUUCAUUUUCAGAGUCAAUGAAAAAGUGCAUGAUCACUAUUAUAUAACAGGAAUGAUAGGCAAUCCAUAUGAUAGCAAGGCCAGACUUGGUGUUCAUUAGAAAUCUGGAAUAGAAAGGGCUAUCAAAGUUGUGGAUAAAUCAAACAUCGAUAACCUAGAUGAAUACAAGAGAAAGAUUGAGCUAGUCAAGAACUUAGAUCACCCAAAUAUUGCUAAGUAUCUCGAGUACUUCGAGGAUGACACUAGCUUUUAUUUUGUUUCUGAGUACUUAUAAGGUGGAGAUCUUUGGGAUGCUGUCAUGAACUUCGGUGGUCAUUAUACUGAAGAAGUUGCUGCAACCGUUAUCAAGCAAAUUCUAUAAUCAUUAGUUUAUCUUCAUAAAAGAGGCAUCGUUCAUAGAAAUAUCAGAACUGGAAAUAUCCUUUUCACAGAGACAGGCAAACUUCACUUAAAAGUAAUUGAUUUUGAUGUUGCUGGUACUAAGACUCUAGAGGCAUCUAAUGUCUAUGGAGGCAAAGGAGGUAUUCAUGGACCUUAUUACUGUGCUCCAGAGAUCUUUAAGAAUGAGUAUCUGGACAAGAGCGAUGUAUGGAGUGUAGGAAUUGUGCUAUAUUUCCUAUUAUUCGGUGAUCUCCCAUUUCAAGGAGCUACUUUUGAGGAUGCUAUCAGAAACAUUCAAAGAGGCCUCUUAGAUAUUGAUGGACCCAAGAAUAUAAUCGGCCAGAAACUUUCGAUAGAGGUCAGAGAUCUUUUGAGAAAACUAUUACACACUGAUCAUCAUACUAGAUUUUCAGCUGAAGAGGCACUUCAUCAUAAUUGGUUCAGCAAGGCUUAAAAAGGAGAACUCAAAGGUAAGGAUCUUGGAAACACUCUUGAUAACAUCAGAUAAUUUACAGCUGGAGGUAAACUCAAACAAGCAUUACUUGGCUUCUUCACCACCAAACUGAUGUCUCAAGCAGAAAUCAAUAAGUUGGCUUAAGAAUUUUAGCUAUUUGACUCACAAGGCGAGGGAUACUUGUCUUAUGAAGACUUAAGAGAGGCCUUGUUUGCUGUAAAAGGUGUUGAUCUCAAUGAAAAAGAACUUAAAGAGAUUAUCAAGAAAAUUGAUGCUGAUGAAAAUGGAAAGAUCAAUUAUGCUGAAUUUUUAAUGGUUGCUAUGAACAAGGAGCAGUUACUGACAUCUGAUAGACUUGAAGCAGCCUUCAAGAUGUUUGAUAAGAAUGGAGACAAUGAAGUUUCAGUUGAGGAGAUCAAAGAAAUGUUCUAGAAUGUUAAAUCAGUUGACGAGAAGAUGAUCCUUAGAGCAAUGAAUGAAGUCGACAGGAGAAACAGAACAAGUCUUAAAUUCCACGAAUUCAAAUUAAUGAUUGAAAAGUUAUUCGAAUGA